AUGCUAAGAAGAUCGGUAUAUAACAGACAAUUUCAACGUACAAUAGGUAACAUUUCCAAAAAAAGUAACCUGACAAUUGGUUUAAUUCCUGGUGAUGGUAUUGGAAAAGAAGUUAUACCUUCUGGUAGACAAGUAUUGGAAACAAUUGGUCCAAAACAUGGUUUAACUUUCAACUUUAUAGAUUUGCAAGCGGGUUGGCAAACUUUCUUAGAUACAGGUAAGGCAUUACCUGUAGAGACAGUCAAAACAUUAAGAGAAAACUGUGAUGGUGCAUUAUUUGGUGCUGUUCAAUCACCUACUACAAAAGUUGAAGGAUACUCCUCACCAAUUGUUGCUUUGAGAAAGGAGCUUGGCCUUUAUGCAAAUAUUCGUCCAGUUAAGUCUGUCGACACUCCAGGUAAUAAAAAGGUAGAUAUGGUCAUUGUCAGAGAAAAUACUGAAGAUUUAUACAUUAAAUUAGAGAAAACAUACAUUGAUGAAAAAACUGGCACAAGAGUAGCUGAUGCCACUAAAAGAAUAUCAGAAGUCGCAACAAGAAGAAUUGCUAAAAUUGCUCUUGAUAUUGCGUUACAACGUUUAAAGAAUAACGGAAAUGUCCAAUUAACUGUUACACAUAAAUCAAACGUCCUAUCCCAAUCUGACGGUUUAUUCAGAGAAGUUUGUAAAGAAGUAUUUGAAUCCAAUAAAACUCUUUACAGUGAUAUCCAAUACAAUGAACAAAUUAUCGAUUCCAUGGUAUACAGAUUGUUUAGAGAGCCUGAGUGUUUUGACGUUAUAGUCGCUCCGAAUUUGUACGGUGACAUUUUGUCAGACGGUGCAGCUGCAUUAGUUGGAUCUUUAGGUGUCGUUCCAAGUGCAAAUGUUGGCCCAGGGAUUGUUAUUGGUGAACCUUGUCAUGGUUCUGCACCAGAUAUCGCAGGAAAAGGUAUUUCCAACCCAAUUGCAACAAUUAGAUCAACUGCUUUAAUGUUGGAAUUUUUGGGACAUAGUCAGGCAGCCCAGGAUAUUCAAACUGCCGUUGAUUCAAACUUGAGAGAAGAUAAAAUUAAGACACCAGACCUAGGCGGUAAGAAUUCAACAUCUGAUGUUGUUAAUGAUGUCAUAAGGAGAUUAUAA